GGCUAAAGGUUACCCUUCUUUCCCUUCCUGGGGUACUUUGGAAACAAAGCAUCACCAUAGCAACUGCUGCUGCUGCUCCCUAGAUAAGGGCAGUGCAGGAGCACUCCAUGCGAGCAGAGAAGGCAAUUCCUGCUCCAGUGAACACUGACUCCAUAUCACACCUAUCCCAGCUUCCCUGCUUGGUUCUAAAGAAAAUCCUCUUCAGUGAUGUCAACUGAAUAUGUCCAAGCAUCACAUGAUAUCUCAGAAGACAGAUUGGAUGGGCGAGAUACUCACUGUAACCACUUAGAUAACCUUUCCGAACAGUUUCUCAAAAGCUGUGAACUCAAAAAGAUACCAAGGAAGGGCAAAGCUCUUCAGGUCUCUCAGAAAAGUGAGCUUGAACAGAAAAAACCAAAGAGAAAAGAUACGCCAGCAAUUCAUACGCCUCCACCAAUAGUCGGCAUUCUUUCAGACCACUUAAUUAGGAGGUGUGACUUCUCUGAGAAACCUCCGAAGGGUAAUGGCAGCCCAGCCCUUCAGAAAAUGGAAGAAGAACAGAGAAAACCCAGAAGGAAAGACACACCAGCAAUCAAUACACCCCCUCUACUUGCAGGUAUUAAACUACUUAAAGAAGAUCAGCAGACUGUGAUUGUUGAAGAUGAAGAAAAGGAGGGAGAAACUUCAGCUUUUUAGAUUCUUGUCAUACAUAUUCUUGUGUGUGUGUGUUUUGUAAAUAAUUUUGUGCAAUUGAGUAGUAUUAGUAUUUUUCCAGGUUUUUUUAUUAUAAAAAAAACAGAAAUAUAACCCAUGCUGCCUUCAGACAUGCUUGCUCAGACAUGUUUAAUUAAAUAUAGAUUAUGUGGACCAUUUUCUUCCUAUAUUAUGAAGCACGAAAAAUAUGAAGUUUGUAUACAGUGCUUUAAGAGGCUGGUGCAACUAAUCAAAGAAAAGCCAACAUUUGCAUGCCAGGUCAGUGACACUUGUCUUAUGAGCUUAUUCUCUGGGCACUGCUAGAAUAGAUCAGUAUCAAAAAAUUUAUGCUGAGUCCUUUCACAUGGCUUUUGUUGUUGUUGAGACAGUUGUUCUAUGAUGGGGUAAACACAGGCUUUUUUACUUCACAUGUUAACAAAUUUAAUUAAUUGUCAACAAACAGUAACCGUCAGUAUUUUUCACUAACCCUCUCUCUCCCCUCCUACCUCUUCAUCCCCCACCUCCCCCCCCCCAAUAUUAGUUGUUCCAGGGGGCUUGGUGCUUCAAUCCAAAUCCAAUAACUGCAAGAAUAGCCACUUCCCGGUGGUCUCCCCAAAACAAUUGGUGAUGCAGAUGUCCAUCAGAACAUGUUUCAAUUCUUGUUGGUGAAUCAUAGAAUCAUAGAGUUGGAAGAGACCACAAGGGCCAUCCAGUCCAACCCCCUGCCAAGCAGGAAACACCAUCAAAGCAUUCUUGACAUAUGCCUGUCAAGCCUCUGAUUCAAGACCUCCAAAGAAGGAGACUCCACCACACUCCUUGGUAGCAAAUUCCACUGCCGAACAGCUCUUACUGUCAGGAAGUUCUUCCUAAUGUUUAGGUGGAAUCUUCUUUCUUGUAGUUUGAAUCCAUUGCUCCGUGUCCGCUUCUCUGGAGCAGUAGAAAACAACCUUUCUCCCUCCUCUAUAUGACAUCCUUUUAUAUAUUUGAACAUGGCUAUCAUAUCACCCCUUAACCUUCUCUUCUCCAGGCUAAACAUACCCAGCUCCCUAAGCCGUUCCUCAUAAGGCAUCGUUUCUAGGCCUUUGAGCCUGGUGCUGAGUGACUCUUGUAGAAGCCUGGGGAAAUUGAGGCAUAACAGUCAUCGCGCCUGCCCACAAAUACAAAAUUCGUUUUUAUUUAUUUGUUAAAUUUAUAUCCCACCCUUCUUCCCAAAGGACACCAUGAAAUUACCUUCCUGCACUCCUCACGGCACUGUCUGCUCCACCCCGAGACAUCUUCUCCAUCAGCCAUCUCCCACUCGACUUCCGGACAUUAGUUCAACACCAUCCGCUAUUCAUCUUUUUUUUUUUUGUCAGGAGCAUGUAGCCCCUCCCACCAAGGAGAUCAUUCAUCCCAAGUUGCCCUUUCUUCUCACCAUUCGCAGAUGUUUGCCAAUAUUCUGUUGCAACCAUCUGCCAACGAAGGGAAACCAAUGCUUUGGUUUGGGGGAGAUCACCCGGCACCUGUCAAGUUUACAUUUCGGGCAGGUAAAACUUGCAAGUUUGGCCACUACUUCUGAAUGCUUGAAUCCUGCCACGUUUCAGACAAAUAGGUUCAGGGUUUGUGUGUCAGGAGCAUCCAAUUUGGAGCAGUUUAUGAAGUUUCUGCUGCCCUGUUGCCUGUUGCUGUUGUUCUAACUAUGUUUUUGAGUGAAACUCACAGGAUGACCUUUGCUAAGACUCCUGCAAAAUUUUACCUAGGCAUGUGCCUGGGUUCAGGAGUUACCCAAGAUCCAUCAAAAACCUUAUUUGAGUUUCCUUUUCAUAUUAUCUCUCAAAGGCCCUCCGAAGUUACUUUGCUGAGGGUUGCCAUGUAUUCGGGAUUCCAAAGGUGAAAUCACCAUGGGGGCGGGGUUAAAAAUCGGCAAAAUGCCCGGGAUUUUGCAAACAGAACCAGGAAGUGUGUGCGCGCGCGCGAGUAUCACUCUUUACUUUUUCCUCCCUAUGUCUAUGGGCGCGCCUGCUCUCUGUACAAAGAGCAGGUGUGCGUGCGAGGAUCACUCUUGACCUUUUCCUAUCUCUGUGGUGCAUGCUGGAAUGGGACUCAUCACUCAACGGGGCAGGUCAGCUGAUGGCUAGUCCUGGUUUCAAUUUCAUUGCUUUGGCCAUUUUUUUAAAGGAGAGGAAAGGCAGGAUGUCUCCCUGGUGAGUUGCAUUUGGGGCAGGAAAAGAUUCUGCAGCUGUUUGGGCGGCAGCACUUCAAGGUAGGUUGGAAAAGUGGUGGGAUGGAAAAUCCUUCCCCCACCUGUUUAGAACAACUCUCUCUCUCUCUCUCUCUCUCUCUCUCUCUGUUUUCCUUUCUCUUUCUCUCUUUCCCCCUCCACUUUUUCCAAUUGAAGUUUUGCAAAGUCCGAGGGCUCUUAACCUUGCACACUCCCCUUCCCACUGCGCGAGAGGAAGAGGUUCCAGAAUUAGUUGGAAAUUAUUAUAGAAUUAGGCACAGGAGUCUCCGCCUCAUCCGACUCUUUAAAGAAAGAAAGAAAUGACUAGGAAUCUAAAUGUUUAUUUCUGGCUGACGGUCGAAUAAAGUCUGAUUGAUUGACUAGGAAUCACACCUGAUUCCUGAUUCAUUCUGGAUCUGGAUUGGUUGCAGAACCUUAAUUACCAGUGGAGUUCUGGACCAGCUGUUGCAGAUCAGCCUCUAUUGCAGAUUUCGCCUAGGAAUUGGGAGUUGACCCUGAGCAGGCAGUGUCUUUUAUUUAAGAAAAAAGCUGCAGGUAUUCACCACGAAGUUGUUAACAGUAAGUACCACUCUUUUAACAUGGCAGGGGUACCCUCAGAAAAAGAAAAGGCACUGCCAAGAGGUCUGUGAGUUGUGUUUGUUAUCACUUAAACAUCACAUUGACACAGCCCUUAUAUCUUUUGCGAGGAAGGUGUCUCUCUGUAUGAUGCUAGGCUAUUUAAAAAAUGCUGUUAUUGAGUGGGGAAUCAAGCCCACAGUUGUUAAUAUUAAUCCAAGUAUUCUGGUUGUGCAAUGGAGUUUGUUUAUUAUCUUCAUUUGUACAAGUGAUUCAGUUCCAUUUUCCUCAUUAUCAAAUGCAGAUAUAAUGUAGCUCUGAAUUAGCAUUUCAUGAGAGCAAUCCAUCUUUGCAACUCCAGAUUAGAAAAUGCAGUGCCAUCUGUAAAGGAACUGUCUAUGAGUGAAACAGCCUCUGCAGUAUGUGCAAAGUACCGUACAAGGCAUACUGUUAAAGAGGUAGUAGAACGUGAAUUAUUUGGGUAGAUGGUUAUUUUAAAACUUUGGUCGACUUUUUGGAUGCGCAGAAUCUGAUUCUCUCCUUUUGAACAUAUUUUUUCAGCUUAUGUUUGGUGAUCCUCUCAAAAUACUCGCAUAUUUUCAAGAAUGGCUUGAAUUGUGCAGUCUUUCGGGAAUAUUAUGCGUGGCAAUAUCCUUUCUUAUUCAUUACAUACAGAAGAACAUUCUGACCAUGGCAAAAACAUUCACCUUGAUGGUUUUUUCUCUGUGUAUUGCUUGGGCUCUGCAGUCUCAUUAGGAAACUGGUUGUUGUUUUUUGUUUGUUUUGUUUAAGGGAGGUGGGGUGGCAAACGUCCCAAUUAUUUUGUCCUAAUCAAAAGUGUGAACUUUGAAACAAAAACCAAGCAGCGUUAAUUUUAUUACAGUUCCCUUUCUCCUCUUUAGCUAUGUACUUGUAUUUAUAAAUUUAUUACUGGUAGUUCAAAUUGAUCAUUGGAAGUUCCCAAGUUCAUUUGCAAUGCUGUGGGCUAGUAACAUGAUAUUGGAAUGAAAUUAAUGGCAACAUUCUUUGAACCCUAUAACGCUUUAACAGUAUACAACUUUAUUUUGGUUGUGUAGAUUUCUAGAACUUUGGUUUAUGAAGGUCUGUUACCAGUUGUGCCAUUUGCACCUCAGAUGCUCUGAAUAAUUUGUUGUGUUUGUUUUUAAAGAGCUUCUAGCAUCUGUCAACAAGCUUUUCUUCUCAGUGCAAGUAAAGCCAGGGCUCCCCCCCCCCAAGCUGGAACUCACCUGAACUCAGUUCUGGCCCCUCUCAGGUGGGCACCAUUCCCAUUAAACGAGAACAAGGGAGACAUUCAUGUUGAGUUCCAGCACUUCUUUUUCUAGAAAAAUAGCACUGAGUAAAGAAAGCCAACCUGUCAAUUCUUUCUCCCCUGGCAAAGGGUUGUCUAAUCUCUUUGCUUAUUUGGGCUUUUGUUCUUCAAGUUGGUGUCUUCAAGGAAAACACUGAAGACUGCUGGAAAAGAGAUGUAGAGAAUUUAUGUGGGUCUCUGUGUGUAUUAUGCCUAGAAUUCCAGUGUUUAGAAUACUUAGAGAUGCUUCACAAUAAUUACUACUAUUAUAAUAAAUGUCUUGAAAUUAUAGAGUCACUCUUUAUUGUUUCAUGAACUCCAGUUAAAAUGUGAAGAUCUAGCGUAGAAUACCAAAGCAGCUAGUUAGGAAAAUGAUGUGACCAUAUUCUUUCAACUCCCCUUUGCUCUCCUAUACAGUCAUAGCUUGGCUUACAACCAUAAUCCGUUCCGGAGGUCGGGUUGUAAACCAAAACAGGUUUGUAACCCAAGGCAUGCUUUCGCCAAUGGGGCCUCCAAAAAUUUUUUAGUUGCAAUCCAAAAAACGGACACACACAUCAGGGUUUGAUGUGGUUGUAAUCCAAAAUGGUUGUAAUCCAAAACGGUUGCAAACCAAGGUAUGACUGUACUCCUUUUCCGUAGGUGUCCUCAACACUUAAUAUUUUACAAAGCAAAUGGCUCAAUUCAGACACCAUCCCAAGCCAUGCCUUAUGCUACCCAUAGCCAGUGCAUUUUUAAUUUUUGUUGCUGUCACCUCUCUUUUUUUGUUGCUGUAUUGGCAGCCAUUUUGUGCUGGCACCCAUAGCACUUUUUCAAAAUAUAUAUCCCCCCCCCCCGCAAAAAAAGCAAUGCCCACAGUCAGUAGUUUCAAACUUCCAAAUGUACUCUCAUGGUAUAGAGCUGCCUGCUUUCUGUUCCUAUUUGGUAAGGAUUCGGUUUCAAACAUUUUAUUCUGUCUCUGUGGUGCAGGUUCUUGAGCAGGCAUCCCCAGACUUCGGCCCUCCAGAUGUUUUAGACUACAAUUCCCAUCAUCCCUGACCACUGGUCCUGUUAGCUAGGGAUCAUGGGAGUUGUAGGCCGAAAAAUCUGGAGGGCCACAGUUUGGGGAUGCCUGUUCUUGAGUGAUUGCCAGUGAUUUGUGAAUUUAGGAGUUAGCAGAAAGCGUGGUUUGCAAACCAGCUUCUUUGCAUGCAGAAUGUGGCAGGUUCAACCGGGCUGGGAAUAUACUUUGUCUGAAAUCCUGGAAAACAGUUGCCAGUCAGCUAGAUGGUCCAAUGCGCUGACUUAGCAUGUGGAGUCUUCCUAUAUUCCAUGCUUUGUUUUCCUGGUUUGGCAGUCCCACUGCAAAAGCACUGUUUGUAAAUUGGUGUAAGGUCAGACGUAACACCAAACCAUGGUUUUACGGUAUGUUACAUCUGAACGUAACCAGUGAUGGUAAAAUCCUAAAGUGUUGUGAAUUGAUGUAGAUAAAUGAAGUCAAAUUUGAAAUUACAAGUACCAAAACAAAAAAGGGGGGAGGUUUAUAGGAAAGGUUAGAAAAAAGCACCUCAUAAGAUGUGUUUGUUCAGGACAGCUGUGUUUCCACCUGAAGUGUUUCUUUUUCUAAUUCUCCAUCCAGUUCAGUAAGAUUUGUGUCUGUGAUGAUAUUUAACAUUUUGGGGGAAAUUCAAAGUAUUUUAAAUAUGUACUGGGUAUUAUUUCACUGCUAUGUAGGUUGUGAGAAAUCGUUCUAGAGCAUAUAACAGCUACGGUACUUGAGCAAUAAAAGAAAACAAAAUUGUGCGUUUUGCACCCUACAGUUAUGACCACAAGAUGGGAGUGUUUAUUCACAAAGAACAGCAAUACUUGCAGGUUGCAACUGAUUUGGGGACCUCAGAUUAAAUGAUUGUCCCGUUUUCUACUAUAAACCCACUGCUUUCCAAAGCCUAACUAAAUACACCAUCGUUUGGAAGAGUUGUGAAAUUAAAAUGUGAUAUCAUGUGGAUACGGAAACAGGAAAAGGGAGGCCUCCGCACAAACAAACUCACAAAUAAACAAGGCUCAUUUGGAAGAAUAAAAUAUUGCAUUUUAUACAACCUUUUCUGCAGGUAAUCUAAGUGACACUUUACAAGCAAUGUCAAAAAUAUUUUCUCCCUUUGUCAUGAAAUUCCAAGAUAUAAAAUCACAUUCUCUCCCCCCUCCCCCUAAUUUUACAAGGAUUGGUGUGCAACGAUAUAGGCAACUCCUAUUAAAGAAGAAAAAGAGUGGAUUCAGCAAAGCAUUUUGCCUGGGGGAAGGAGAACACAGUUCUGAGGUGCUACAAGGGAUUGGGCUGGACAGUAACUUUAAGACAUGGAGCCAUUCCACUGAACAGAAUAUCUUGCCCAUUUGUAGGCCUAGAACGCACACAUUCUCAGGAGAGGUUUUCCUGAUGAUGUGGUUUUCCGUGACAGCUCCAGUUGACUUGCUGUCUUCCCAUUUAGUAAAAGUCAUUUGCUAAUAAUAAUAAUAAUAAUAAUAAUAAUAAUAAUAAUAAUUUAUUAUUUAUAUCCCGCCCAUCUGGCUGGGUUUCCCCAGCCACUCUGGGCGGCUUCCAACAGAAAAAUGAAAUAAAAUAAUUGAUUAAACAUUAAAAGCCUCCCUAAACAGGGCUGCCUUCAGAUGUCUUCUAAAAAUCUGGUAGCUAUUUUUCUCUUUGACAUCUGAUGGGAGGGCGUAUCACAGGGCAGGCGCCACCACCAAGAAGGCCCUCUGCCUGGUUCCCUGCAACUUGGCUUCUCGCAACGAGGGAACCGCCAGAAAGCCCUCGGAGCUGGACCUCAGUGUCCGGGCAGAACGAUGGGGGUGGAGACGCUCCUUCAGGUGCUUAAGAGAAUGAGGAAGGCAAACACACUGGCAGGAAAAAAACCCUGACUGGAUAAGGAUUUCCCCUUUUCUCAUCUGAAGUGUAGCUCUCCAUCCCCUCUACCUGCUUCCUGAGCUCUGACAAGGAGUUCGUUUUACAGUUUUUCCCCGAAUCAGUCCUAGAAGCCUGCACAGCUGGGCCUGAGCUUCUGCCCAGACAUGUCGCUGUUCCAGAGGUCCUUGACCUGGAAGGAGGAGGAGCGCCUGUUCAAGACAUUUUGCUGCCUGAAGCCAUGGUGUCUUCCCUUGGGGAAGGGUGCUAGCUCACUGGUAGAGCUGCUGCUUUUGCAUGCAGAAGGCCCCAGGUCCCAGAGGCAGAGCCAGGAGGCACAAAGGAUGUGAUCCUCGUAUUUGUAGGAUGCCAGGUUGCAUUGCAGCCACUUGCAAGUCAGAUAUGUCUAUAUACAGGGCUAUAUACAGAGCUUUCUCCCUCUCCAAGCAAGUGAAAAAGACAUUCCAGGCUGAGAAAAAGCACUCAAGGACAAGUGAAGUUCUGGUGCCUAGAGAGAUUCUCAAGGACCAGACAGACCUCGAGUGCAUCCCUCUUGGCCUAGAGCCCUGCUCUAGGAAAACUAUACAGUCGUACCUCAGUUGACUAAUGGAAUCCAUUCCAAGAGUCCGUUUGACUUCAGAAAAUGUUCGAAAACCAAAGCGCGGCUUCCGAUGGGCUGCAGGAAGCUCCUGCAGCCAAUCGAAAGCCGUGUCGGAUGUUUGGGUUCCAAAGAACAUUCGCAAACCGGAACACUCACUUCCAGGUUUGUGGCUUUUGGGAGCCAAAACAUUCUGAGUCGCAAGGCAAGGCGUUCGUCAACCAAGGUACGACUGUAAUAGAAUUGUAUAAUCAUAGAAGUGUAGAGUUGGAAGGAACCCCAAGGGUCAUCUAGUCCAACCCCCUGCAAUGCAGAAAACUCAGCUAAGGCAUCUAUGACAGAUGGCCAUCCAGCUUCUGCUUAAAAACUUCCAAGGAAGGAGAGCCCGCAAUCUCCCGAGGGAGACCGUUCUCAUAUAUGAGUGUAUUGCCUUUGGUCUGCCUGCUUAUAAAACAUGGAUGCUGCAACACAAUCACCUCAGUUCUGGAAAUAAAGCCUUGGUUGUUCCUAAACUGAAGGAGCAGAGGAGAGGGGGGAAAUAAAAAUAAAUUGAAAUGGAGACCUAUGCAAAUGUGAACUCUCUCUUCUUUUUGUAAAAAGGUCCCAUUAAGCACAAUGUCCAGGUGAAACUGGCCUAGAGACAGAUUGGCUGCUGGAUUUGUCUAAGCUUCGAUUACUCUCUGUUCCCUAAUGCUCUGCUCUGGUGGCACCAGAAAUAUACAUAUAUGUGUGUGUAUUGUGGGUGUCGUGCUCCUUCCAGGAUAAUUUUUCUCACCUGCAGCUCCUAGACCAGAUCCCAGGAAAUGUCUAAAGGUGAGGGCACAUUGCCAAAAAAAACCCAACAACCCCACUCUCUGUAAAAUUUGAUUCAGGUCGCUCUCUGAAAAGGUAAUUGACUGCUUAAGUUGGCCAUACCAGUCACCUAUUACGGGCUAUAUGGGCAGAUACAGUCCAGAAAUGAUCACUCUGUCAGGACCCAGUCCUGAAUGCAGAUGCAGAGAUUUUGUGCACAUGGAUGAAGGGUCUUGAUGCUACCACAUGCAGGGCAUCUUGGUGAAACAGGAUGAAUACGACUAGGAAAUCCCUCCAUUGCACAUGUUACAUAACAUACUUCCCCCCCA